AGGCGGCGCUGCUCCGCCCCCUCAAGCCCGCCCCGGUGCAGCCUCGCGGUGGAUUCCCCGUGAACCGGGCUCUGCGGGUUCCUCCAUCCACAGUGAAGUCGAGCAGCAGAAAACGAAGACGUCAUAAGGAAGAAAGCAGCCCUGGGGUGGAACAUUUCGCGCACUGGACAAGACAUCUGAUAUGUGAAUAAUUAUGUUCAGGAGGAAAGCAUUCAGUCUCUUAAAAACAAUGCCCUUGAAGUCUGGUGCUUCAAAUUUUGCUUCCAAAUUUAUUCAUCCAGUUAUUGCUUUCCAUGGACAUGGUUGUCACAGGACAAGUGUGGAUUACAGACAGGCACAAGACAGCCCAGGUAGUGCUAGAGGACAAACAAUAACUGCUCCUCAGACCAAGGUCAUGGCAGAAGAAGAGUUGCCGGGUGUUUUGAUUUUAGGUGUAGGAGGAACUCAUGGUGUGCUAGAAGACCUUGCAGCACUUUUGAAGAAACACUUUCGUCUUAUCACCAUGACGGAAUUUCUUGAAAACAAAAGAGAAAUCAGCAAAAAAAUCCAAUCUAUUUUCGUGUUUGAGUGCAGGCCAACUAUUGACCGGAAACUUCUAGAAAGCUUGCCUAAUUUAAAGGUAAUUGGAAACUCUGGAGUUGGAGUCGAUCACUUAGACUUGAAAAUGAUUGCUAACUUUGGCGUAAAAGUCACCAACACCCCACACGCUGUGGCGGACUCAACAGCAGACAUAGGGAUGGCCUUGAUGCUGGCCUCUGCCAGAAGACUAGUAGAAGGCUGCCAGAUUGCGGUUUCUCCAGACACAAAGUAUUUUGCUGUUGACUGGCUGGGGGUGGAAGUAACCCGAUCUACACUUGGGAUCAUCGGGAUGGGCAACAUUGGAUACAAAGUGGCUCAGAGAGCCAGAGCCUUCCAUAUGAGGAUCCUGUACCAUAACAGGAAACAGAGAAAGGAGGAGGAAGAGGCAGUUGGUGCCCACUACUGUGAGAAGAUUGAAGACUUGCUGCAGCAAUCUGACUUUGUUAUGUUGGUUGUGAACCUCACUCCUGAGACUCACAAACUGAUUGGGAAAAAGGAGCUGGGGCUGAUGAAACCCACAGCUACUCUUAUAAACAUCAGCCGAGGUGCAGUUAUUGAUCAAGAUGCAUUGGCAGAAGCCCUCCAGAAUAAAGUUGUUAGGGCUGCUGCUCUGGACGUGACAUACCCUGAGCCUCUGCCAAGAGAUCAUCCUUUAUUAAAACUAAAUAACAUCAUCAUAACCCCUCACAUUGGAACAGCAACAGUCCAAGCUCUCCGCAUGAUGGCAGAAGAAGCAAUAGCAAAUAUGCUGGCUGUUCUCAAUGGCCAGCCCAUUCCAAGUGAAGUGUUCCCCAAAUGAUGUGUGCCAGAUGUUAUCACUAAAUCUCAGAUGUAUGAGAAGGCCGUAUUUCUUAAAGUAGUAAUUUUAAACUAAAAAAAAAAAAGGCAACCUGUUCCUGCACCACAGCUGUUGUCAUGAUGCUGAAAACUAUCUUCUCACUAUACUUGAUCUGUACUGUUACUUACAAUUCAGAAAAGUAAAGUAGAAUUAAUAAAAGAGAUUUGUUUGAAGAUUUUAAACUAAGCAGUUAUGCACUUUGAUAUCUUUGGUCCACUGUUUCAGUGCAUAUCUGUGUUCUGUUCACAGUACUUGCUGCUACAUAAUGAUAAGCAAGUAUACCAAGCAGUUUGUGUGACUCAUUCAAAUAUAUUAAAGGUGAAUUGAUCAUUAAUUCCCUGCAGAAUUUGCAGAAUUAAUUCCCUGCAGAAAUAUCCUGAAACACUUUUCAGCCAAUAGUGCAAUGUUCUGGUUUUAUGUCAAAAUGUUGAAGAAAGCAGGCUCCUUUGAAAUGUUAGUUGGCCAAAGGUUUUCUAGUGUAAGAAAAAUUCUGCUUCAUUUACAUGUUAAAGCAGAGCCAGUCACUGAAAAAGUAUAUUCAAUUUUCCUGAGGGCAUCUUUUGAAAAGGGAAGUAAAUCCCAAGAGAUUUAGUUCCUCCAUGCAGACAAAAAUGAUGCUUUUAUUUGACUGGCUGUGAGACAAUGUUAGGUCUACCACUGAAAUUACAUGGGUGAAGGCAGAGCCUAAGGCAAAAUUAGUGAUAAGUCCUAAUUUACAGCCCAGGGCCAAGCUUUUUCUUGCAUUCUUUUUUCUGUGAGCAAGCAAUGAAGUCAAGAAAUUCAGUAAAAUGGUUGUCAACUCCAUAAAAUCAGGAAGCCUUUCCAUGGUUUUGCAAUAUCGUCAGGCUUCUUGAAGGGAUGGUAAAAUGAAGUUAUAGAAGGAUGUGUAGACAGGCCAAGGGUUAGACAUUCAGAUGCAAAUAGUGAAAUACCACUGACAAGACAAC